AUGAGCACUGACGCAGAGAUGGAGUGUUUCGGCCCGGCAGCCAUUUACCUCCGGAAGCCAGAAAAGGAGAGGAUUGAGGCUCAGAACAAACCCUUUGAUGCCAAAACCGCAUACUUUGUGGCUGAUGCUGAUGAGAUGUACCUGAAGGGUACGCUUGUCAGUAGAGACGGUGGCAAAGCCACUGUCAAAACUCUCUGUGGAAAAACUCUCACAGUAAAGGAGAACGACAUCCACCCUAUGAAUCCUCCAAAGUUUGAUAAGAUUGAGGACAUGGCCAUGAUGACCCACCUCAAUGAGCCAGCUGUGCUGUAUAACCUCAAAGAGCGUUACGCAGCUUGGAUGAUCUACACCUAUUCCGGGCUCUUCUGUGUCACUGUGAACCCCUACAAGUGGCUCCCAGUGUAUGAUGCAGUUGUAGUAUCUGCCUACAGAGGCAAAAAGAGGGUUGAGGCCCCACCCCACAUCUUCUCCAUCUCUGACAAUGCCUAUCAGUUCAUGCUCACAGAUAGAGAAAACCAAUCUAUCCUCAUUACUGGAGAAUCUGGUGCAGGAAAGACUGUGAACACCAAACGUGUCAUCCAGUACUUCGCAACAAUUGCAGUGUCUGGACAGAAAAAGUCAGAACCUGCUACUGGAAAAAUGCAGGGAUCGCUGGAGGAUCAAAUCAUUGCAGCUAAUCCUCUGCUGGAAGCUUAUGGUAAUGCCAAGACUGUAAGGAAUGACAACUCCUCCCGUUUUGGUAAAUUCAUCAGAAUCCAUUUUGGGACAACUGGAAAGUUGGCCUCUGCUGAUAUUGAAACAUAUCUGCUGGAAAAAUCCAGGGUGACAUUCCAGCUGUCUGCUGAGAGAAGUUACCAUAUCUUCUACCAGCUCAUGACAGGCCACAAGCCUGAACUAUUGGAGGCCCUGCUCAUCACCACCAAUCCGUAUGACUACCCCAUGAUCAGCCAAGGUGAAAUCACUGUGAAGAGCAUAAAUGAUGUGGAAGAGUUCACUGCCACAGAUAAUGCUAUUGACAUCUUGGGAUUCAGUGCUGAGGAGAAGAUGGGUAUCUUCAAGCUGACUGGUGCUGUGGUGCAUCAUGGGAACAUGAAGUUCAAGCAGAAGCAAAGAGAGGAGCAAGCUGAGCCUGAUGGCACUGAGGAGGCUGAUAAAAUCGCCUACCUCAUGGGCCUAAACUCAGCUGAUAUGCUGAAAGCUCUGUGCUACCCAAGAGUGAAGGUCGGAAACGAGUUUGUAACCAAAGGCCAAACUGUUCCACAGGUAAACAACGCUGUAAUGGCCCUCUGCAAGUCUGUUUAUGAGAAGAUGUUCUUGUGGAUGGUCGUCCGUAUCAAUGAGAUGCUGGACACAAAGCAGCCAAGACAGUUCUUCAUUGGAGUCUUAGAUAUUGCAGGAUUUGAAAUAUUUGAUUUCAACAGUUUGGAGCAGCUUUGUAUCAACUUCACCAAUGAGAAACUGCAACAGUUUUUCAACCAUCACAUGUUUGUGCUGGAGCAAGAAGAGUACAAAAAAGAAGGCAUUGAGUGGGAGUUCAUUGACUUUGGUAUGGACUUGGCAGCUUGCAUUGAGCUCAUUGAGAAGCCAAUGGGUAUCUUCUCCAUCCUUGAAGAGGAGUGUAUGUUCCCAAAAGCUACAGACACAACCUUCAAAAACAAACUGCAUGACCAGCAUCUUGGUAAAUCACCAGCAUUCCAGAAGCCCAAACCUGCCAAAGGCAAGGCAGAGGCCCACUUCUCCUUGGUGCACUAUGCUGGCACUGUUGAUUACAACAUUGUGGGUUGGUUGGAGAAAAACAAGGACCCUCUGAAUGAUUCGGUUGUACAGCUGUAUCAAAAGUCUUCAGUCAAACUGUUGGCCUUCCUGUAUGCAUCUCAUGCUUCUGCUGAAGCAGAGAGCGGGGGUGGUGGCAAGAAGGGAGGAAAGAAAAAGGGUGGCUCAUUCCAGACAGUAUCUGCUCUGUUCAGGGAGAAUUUGGGCAAACUGAUGACCAACCUGAGAAGCACUCAUCCUCACUUUGUGCGAUGUUUAAUCCCCAAUGAAUCAAAGACCCCAGGUCUUAUGGAGAACUUCUUGGUUAUCCACCAGCUCAGGUGUAAUGGUGUGCUUGAGGGUAUCAGAAUCUGUAGAAAGGGCUUCCCCAGCAGAAUCCUCUAUGGUGAUUUCAAGCAAAGGUACAAAGUUUUAAAUGCCAGUGUUAUCCCUGAGGGACAAUUCAUUGACAAUAAGAAAGCCGCAGAGAAACUUUUGGGCUCCAUUGAUGUCGAUCAUACUCAAUACAAAUUUGGACAUACAAAGGUGUUCUUUAAAGCUGGUUUGCUGGGUACCCUUGAGGAGAUGAGAGAUGAAAAACUGGCUGAGCUGGUUACUAUGACUCAGGCUCUGUGUCGUGGCUUCCUCAUGAGAAGGGAGUUUGUCAAGAUGAUGGAGAGGAGGGAAUCCAUCUUCGCCAUUCAAUACAACAUCAGAUCAUUCAUGAAUGUGAAACACUGGCCAUGGAUGAAGCUAUACUUUAAGAUCAAGCCUCUUCUGAAGAGUGCUGAGACUGAGAAGGAAAUGGCAGCAAUGAAGGAAAACUUUGAAAAAACUAAAGAAGAUCUAGCAAAGGCAUUAGCUAAGAAGAAGGAACUUGAGGAAAAGAUGGUAUCUCUCUUACAAGAGAAAAAUGACCUGCAACUACAAGUUCAAGCAGAAACUGAGAAUCUUUCUGAUGCUGAGGAGAGAUGUGAGGGGCUCAUCAAAGCUAAAAUCCAGCUUGAGGCAAAAGUCAAAGAGACUACAGAGAGACUGGAGGAUGAGGAGGAAAUCAACGCUGAGCUGACUGCUAAGAAGAGGAAACUGGAGGAUGAGUGUUCUGAGCUGAAGAAAGACAUUGAUGACUUGGAACUAACGCUGGCAAAAGUUGAAAAGGAGAAACAUGCCACUGAAAACAAGGUUAAAAAUCUGACAGAGGAGAUGGCCUCUCAAGAUGAGGCAAUUGCAAAACUGACAAAGGAGAAAAAAGCUCUCCAAGAAGCACACCAACAGACCCUUGAUGACCUCCAGGCAGAGGAGGAUAAAGUCAACAGUCUGACCAAAGCCAAGAGCAAGCUUGAACAACAAGUGGAUGAUCUGGAGGGUUCCUUGGAGCAAGAGAAGAAGCUUCGCAUGGAUCUUGAACGAGCAAAGAGAAAGCUUGAGGGUGAUCUGAAACUGGCCCAGGAAUCCAUAAUGGACCUGGAGAAUGACAAGCAACAAUCAGAAGAGAAGCUCAAAAAGAAAGACUUUGAGACAAGCCAGCUUAUCAGCAAAAUUGAAGAUGAACAGUCAAUGGGCGCUCAGCUUCAAAAGAAGAUCAAGGAACUUCAGGCUCGUAUUGAGGAGCUGGAAGAAGAGAUUGAGGCUGAGCGUGCUGCGCGAGCUAAGGUUGAGAAGCAGAGAGCUGAUCUCUCCAGGGAACUUGAGGAGAUCAGUGAGAGGCUUGAAGAAGCUGGCGGUGCCACUGCUGCUCAGAUUGAGAUGAACAAGAAGCGCGAGGCCGAGUUCCAGAAACUGCGACGUGAUCUUGAAGAGUCCACCCUGCAACACGAAGCCACCGCCGCUGCUCUCCGCAAAAAGCAGGCAGACAGCGUGGCAGAACUUGGAGAACAGAUUGACAACCUCCAGCGUGUCAAGCAGAAGCUAGAGAAGGAAAAGAGUGAGUUUAAAAUGGAGAUAGAUGACCUCAGUAGCAACAUGGAGGCUGUGGCCAAAUCUAAGGCAAACCUUGAAAAGAUGUGCCGUACACUAGAAGAUCAGCUAAGUGAACUGAAGACAAAGAAUGAUGAGCAUGUACGUCAACUGAACGAUCUAAAUGCACAGAAAUCCAGGCUUCAAACAGAGAAUGGUGAACUUAGUCGCCAACUGGAGGAAAAAGAAGCCCUUGUUUCCCAGCUGACUAGAGGAAAACAAGCUUACACACAACAGAUAGAAGAGCUCAAGAGACAUAUUGAGGAGGAGGUUAAGGCCAAAAAUGCCCUGGCUCAUGCUGUUCAAUCAGCACGCCAUGACUGUGACCUACUCAGAGAGCAGUUUGAGGAGGAGCAGGAGGCCAAAGCUGAGUUACAGCGUGCAUUGUCCAAGGCAAACAGUGAGGUGGCUCAGUGGAGGACAAAAUAUGAGACUGAUGCCAUCCAGCGUACUGAGGAGCUCGAGGAAGCAAAAAAAAAGCUUUCUCAGCGUUUGCAGGAGGCUGAGGAAUCCAUUGAGGCUGUUAACUCCAAGUGCGCCUCCCUGGAGAAAACCAAACAGAGACUGCAGGGUGAAGUGGAGGAUCUGAUGAUUGAUGUGGAGAGGGCCAAUGCAUUAGCAGCCAACCUUGACAAGAAGCAGAGGAACUUUGAUAAAGUCCUGGCAGAAUGGAAGCAGAAGUAUGAGGAGAGCCAAGCUGAGCUGGAAGGUGCUCAAAAAGAAGCUCGUUCUCUUAGCACAGAACUUUUCAAAAUGAAGAAUUCCUAUGAAGAGGCUCUGGACCAUCUGGAGACCCUGAAGAGGGAGAACAAGAACUUGCAGCAGGAGAUCUCAGAUCUGACUGAACAGAUUGGUGAGACUGGAAAGACUAUUCAUGAACUCGAGAAGGCAAAGAAGACAGUGGAGUCUGAGAAAGCAGAAAUCCAAACUGCCCUUGAGGAAGCUGAGGGUACACUUGAGCAUGAGGAGUCCAAGAUUCUUCGUGUCCAGCUUGAGCUCAACCAGGUGAAGGGUGAGAUUGACAGGAAACUUGCUGAGAAGGAUGAAGAGAUUGAACAGAUCAAAAGGAACAGCCAGAGAGUUAUUGAAUCCAUGCAAAGUACAUUAGACUCUGAAGUCAGGAGCAGAAAUGACGCCCUGAGAAUCAAGAAGAAAAUGGAGGGAGACCUCAAUGAGAUGGAGAUUCAGUUGAGCCAUGCUAAUCGCCAGGCUGCUGAGGCCCAGAAACAGCUGAGGAAUCUCCAAGCGCAGCUCAAGGAUGCACAACUUCACCUUGAUGAUGCUCUUAGAGGACAAGAGGACAUGAAAGAACAGGUUGCCAUGGUGGAGCGUAGGAACACUCUAAUGCAAGCAGAGAUUGAGGAGCUGCGGGUUGCUUUGGAGCAAACAGAAAGAGGCCGCAAAGUGGCUGAACAGGAGCUUGUAGAUGCCAGUGAACGUGUGGGCCUGCUGCACUCUCAGAACACCAGUCUUAUCAAUGCCAAGAAGAAGCUGGAGGCAGAUCUUGUUCAAAUUCAAAGUGAAGUAGAUGACACCAUCCAGGAAGCAAGAAAUGCAGAGGAAAAGGCCAAGAAGGCAAUUACUGAUGCUGCCAUGAUGGCGGAGGAGCUGAAGAAGGAGCAGGACACCAGUGCCCACCUGGAGAGAAUGAAGAAGAACCUGGAAGCCACAGUCAAAGACCUGCAGCACCGUUUGGAUGAAGCUGAGAGCCUGGCCAUGAAGGGUGGAAAGAAGCAACUUCAGAAACUUGAGGCCAGAGUGCGUGAGCUGGAGGCUGAAGUUGAAGCUGAACAGAAGCGUGGAGUUGAUGCUGUUAAAGGUGUCCGCAAAUACGAGAGGAGGGUGAAGGAACUCACCUACCAGACUGAGGAAGACAAGAAGAAUGUAGCAAGACUGCAGGAUCUUGUGGACAAACUCCAGCUGAAAGUCAAGGCUUACAAGAGACAGGCUGAGGAGGCUGAGGAACAGGCCAACACUCACCUGUCCAGGUACAGGAAGGUGCAGCAUGAGCUAGAGGAAGCUCAGGAGCGUGCUGACAUUGCUGAAUCCCAGGUCAACAAGCUACGAGCCAAGAGUCGUGAUAUCAGCAAGGGCAAGGAUUCUCAAGAAUGA